AUGGCCAACUUGCAGGGACUCAUGAAUCGGUCAUCGAAAAUGGGUCCAAAGCCGUGAAUGGAACUUCGCAUCUCACGGAGAAGGAUGAUUUCCCAACGGAGCAGAGGACUGAGGAGUCCGAGAACAAGUCUGUUGCUGCAGUACCCCAAUCCCCAAUCAUAGAUGGGCAUUACUAUUUACGACAGGCUGCUCACAGUGAAGCUGAACUGCUUGGUUUGAUUGAUCGUGCUGAAUUUGACCUAUCAGACAAGGCUUUGGACGAGGAAUCUUCUGGACUACUGCGGACUGCAAUCGGAAAAGCACGUCUGCUUAUAGCCGAAAAGUUUGCACAAUUUCGUGGCCUCUGUCAGCUGAAUUUGGAAUGGAAUCAACAGACUGCACCGAGUGACCCGGAUGUCAAGCACCUGUUCACUUCUCUUGAAGAUUUGGAUGGAUUUUGGGCUAUUGUUAGAUUGCAAAUCGAUGACGUUCAUAGACUAUUUGACCAAAUCGAGAGACUUCGUUCAAAUAAUUGGAGAACACCGAACGAGGUGGAUUCGAACUCUUUGGCCUCCGGUCAGAAAAAGACUGCAAAGAAUAACACUACCA